AUGACUAUAUUCGAAGGUUUGCUGAAUAAAUGGACAAACAUUCUCAAAGGUUGGCAAACUCGUUAUUGUGUGCUCGAUCCUACUCAAGGAACGCUUGUUUACUAUACAUCGAGAGAAAAUGUCCGUAAAGGUGAACGACGUGGUGUGAUUCUAUUGAAGGGAGCACACAUAGGUAUUGACGUCGAAGACGACACGACAUUUACGAUUCGAUCUUACGGUAAAACAUUCCAUUUUCAAGCCCGUGAUAUUGAAGAAAGACGAAAAUGGCUAUGUAAUCUCGAAGACACUAUUAGUUUUAAUACUAUUAAUACUGAUAGAUUAUCAUCUGUAAACACAACACUUUUUCAAAAGAGAAUCCUAGAAGCUGAUGGGAUCUUACAAAUAUUAAUUGACCGAGUAGAGGAAUUAGAAGAAAUCAGUAGUCAACGCCGAGCUGACGGAAAAGAAAACUGCUAUGAACAUAUCAUUCUGUCCUCUCGAAGGUUAAUCGAAUCUGUUAAACACUCCAUCGUCUCACUUCAGUUAGCAAAAUUUUUCUCUCCAUCAUCCGUACAAUAUUCUUUGACGAACGAAGAACUUCUACUUUCGAAACAUAUGGAUCCGCAGACGGAAACUUUUCUGCCACCCAUGAACGGUGAUGAUAAAAUUACUGCAGACAACAAUAUUUCCCUUGAAGCCUUGAAUAUCCAAGACGCUGUAGAAAACACUGCAAAAGCUCCCACUCUAGCUGAUUCUGGCAGUGAUAAUGACGACGACGAUGACGACGAAUUUGAAGAUGCCAAUGAUACAAUAGAAAUAUCUACAUGUUCGCCGCUCUCUACUGAACAAGAUGAAACACCUACUGCUGAAACUAAUUCAAACAUCACGUUUGAGCAAUAUGAAGCAGCGUAUGAGGAAGCACCCGAAGACGAUGUUGCACCAAACGAUGGAACUAUUAUCAAGCAUAUCAUUUCUCAGUGUAGUUUAUUUAUGGAUUUAACUAAAAUAACAUUACCAACAUUUAUUCUUGAGCGACGGUCUUUUCUAGAGAUGCUCGCUGAUUUUCUUGCACAUCCAGAUGAAUUUGCCAAUAUUACAGACUAUCCUACGCCACGUGAACGCUUUAUACAAGUUGUGAAAUGGUAUCUAUCCGCUUUCCACGCUGGACGAAAAAGUCCUGUUCCUAAAAAGCCAUACAAUCCAAUUCUUGGUGAAAUAUUUCAAUGCUCAUACGAUAUUGGUUUAUCAUCUUCUGAAUCAACAUUGACUAAAGAUGGUCCCGUUCCAUGGGCGUCGGAUCACAAUGUGACUUUCAUUGCUGAGCAAACAUCCCACCAUCCGCCAAUUGCAUCUUUUUAUGCUGAAUGUCCGGCAAAACGAAUCCAGCUCGACGGAUGCCUUUGGACCAAAUCGCAAUUUCUUGGUCUUUCUAUAGGUGUUCACAUGGUCGGUGAUGCAACUAUAACCUUACUUGAUCAUGACGAACGUUACGUAUUAACAUUUCCAAGUGCUUACGGCCGUAACAUUCUUCUUGUGCCUUGGUUUGAAAUGGGCGGCAAAGUGUUGAUUACUUGUGAGAAAACCGGCUACUCAGCAAAUAUUGAAUUCUUAACGAAACCAUUCUAUAACGAAAAGAAGCAUAAAAUAACUGCCACUCUGUUUGGUCCAGAUAAAAAAGAGUUUUGUAAGAUCGAUGGUGAAUGGAACGGUGUCAUGAACGCGAAAUAUAGCGAAGCAAAAGCGGCAGAAGUUUUCUUCGAUACAAAAACGACACCGAUCAUCAAAAAGAUUAUUCGGCCAAUUGCUGAACAAGAUGAACACGAAAGUCGCCGUAUGUGGAAAGAUGUCACUUAUUAUUUAAAACACAAGCAAAUGGAUAAAGCUACGGCAGCGAAAUCGUUUCUGGAGCAACGUCAACGUGAAGACGCGAAGCAACGUGCUGCAGAAUCAGUUAAAUGGCAGACAAAAUAUUUCACUGAAUCAGGUGAACAAAAAUGGACUUAUGGAAAUAAACUAUCGAAACGCAUCCAAUCGCAAUCUUAA